AUGUUCUCGGACAGGCAGAAGAAGACGCAGCAAGACCGGGACGACUGGCUGCCCAACGAAGCAGAGCGGCAGGAGGACUUUGCAUUCACCCCUGCCCUCCUCCAGCAGCUGCUGGACGAGAAUCAAGUGCUGCAGUACACGAUCGUAUCGUUCCAGAAUGCGCGGCGGCCCGACGAGGUUCUACGGUACCAGCAAAAGCUGCAUAAUAACUUGACCAUCAUCUCAAGAUUACUGUCAUUCAUCCCGGGCGUGGAUAAAAAGCUCGAAGUGAUUGAGCAAGAGGAAGAAACCGAGCUCAAUCGCAUUCAACGCGAUCGCAAGUCGCGCAAAGGGCAAUUCCAGGCCGACCCUGUGAAAUAUCCGCGAUUCUUUGAAACUUCACAAGCCCACAGCGAGUCAUCUGCGAGCGCCGAUGAUCAAGAGGCCGCCAUGGCACACGGCGAUGGCGAUUCAUCCGCCCCAGAGAGCAUCAAGAACGCGACGGGCGUCGAAAUCAGCGUCCCAUCGGCAAAGGAAAUUGCCGGAACGAUGGAGGACUUCUUCGUCAGUCAUACCGAGUACAGCGUCAUUGUCAGGACGACGCGCCGCGAGUUUAAAAAGCAAAAGCACACGGACGCCGAGGUCAUCCAGUUUACGGUGCCGCGCCGCUACACUGAGUUUGUCGAGUUUCAAGAAAAGAUGCGCCGCGAAGUGCGCGACAUUGCACUGCCAGGCGUCCCGCAAAAGACGCUGUUUGUGUCUGAAUCGGAUGUCGACAGCCGGCGACAAACGUUCGACAAGCUCAUGCGAAUGAUUGCUGCCCAUCCCACGGCCGCCGUCUCGCACACGCUGCUUCGCUUUCUCGGCGUGCCCAUUCGCGACGCAAAGGAGCUCUCCAUCACCAACGUUUCGCAGAAAGAGCAACAGCAACAGCGCCAGGCGGCUGCAGUUGCUGCCGGCUCGUCCACGGCGCUCGCUGUCGAAAAUCAACAGAACGGCACGGCGAGUGCCAUCCAGAGCCGCCAGCGCGCUGCCACCGAGGACGACGAAGAUCCGUUUGGAGCCUCGUCCGAGACGGUCUUCAAGCCAGCCACCAGCAAGCCCGCCGUCGCCGUCAAAACCAAGCCGGCUGCCGCUGCGACUGCCACAACGAAACAAAACCUGUUUGCUGGGAUGGACGACAGCACAGACGAGUCCACAGAUCCCCUAGGCGCUACUUCCAUCGACGAAGACCGCGCCAGCAUCACCGCCCAACCCGGAAGCCGCGGCGAGCCCAGCGUCAAGCGGCCUUCGUCCUCCGCCUUCCACCCGGACAGUCUCUCGGCAUCCUCAAAGGCCAACAACGUUGCUGACUCCAUCAAAAGCGAGAUUGUCCACGACGACGACGACCUGUUUGUUCCCGCUGGCAGUGGCAGCGAAUCGGCUCAUGUGAACGAGUCGGAUGCCGUGCUCUUUGGCCCGAAGCGCGCCGCGGUUGUGCCAGACAAGCCCGAGGACAACUCUGCCCUGUUCAAGAUCGAUGACAAUCUCGACGAUCUGUUUGCUGCUCCAACCAAGCCAAAGCCGGCAGCCGUGAAGCCGACCAUCGCAUCGCCCAAGCCAGCGUCCACCGCUCGCCCCGCUGCCGCCGUCACCAAGCCGGCUGCCGCCUUGGACGACGACGAUGAUCUGUUUUCCAUGGUGAAGCCUGCCGCAGGCGCCUCGGCGUCCCUUGGCGGUGGUGUCGAAUCCAUUGCAGACUACAUUGCCGCAUCCAAAGGCCGCGAUUCUGCUUCUGUUGAUUUGUUUUAA